AUGAGCCUCGUCAUGAGCGAGAUGGCCCGAGCAGAUGGGACCUCCAGCAAACAAGCGCGGCGCAAGGUGAAGAAGAAGGAGGCGGCGUACCACAUGUACGACGAAGCGCUGGCGCUGGCGCUGGACACCCUCUCGGUGGACUCGAUGGACCACAAGGCGGCCUACCUGGCCGGCGUGUGCCACCUGCAGAAGCGCCAGGGAGAGCUGGCGAUCAAGUACCUUACCUCUGCCACGACCAUGGCCCCCUACAACGCCCUGUAUCGCAACCACUUAGGGUUGGCCUACGUGCAUAAGAAAGAGUGGACGCUGGCGGUGGAUGAGUACAUGGUAGCGCUCGAACACGCAACGUCAACCUUGAAGGCGGACGUUCUCUACAACCUGGGGUUCGCCCAAGAGAUGCUUGGACGAGAGGAGGAGGCGUUGGCGAGCUAUCAGCACGCUGUUUCGAGCAUGCCAACGCACCUCACGGCGCUCAAUGGUCUCGGCAACCUGUUGCAGAAACAAGGCCAAGUGGAGGAGGCGCACUACUAUUAUAAGAAAGUACUUGGCAUCAACCCGCUACAUCCGGCGAGCCUCUACAAUCAAGCCUUGGCCUAUCAACUCCAGGGUCGUCUGAUAGAGGCUGUAGGCAGCUACUCCAAAGCGGCCCAACUCGUUCCGACCCACGUGGAAGCCCACUACAACCUCGGGGUCGUGCUCCUGGAGCUGGGGAUCUACGGUGAGGCAGUAACGGCAUUCUACAACACGCUCAUACUUCGUCCGACCAUGUUUGAGGCAUGGCUCAACCUGGGUGCGUACCGUGCGCGUGAGCAGCUGCCCCACUGA